UUGAUUAAAGAAAUCGUCUUAGAAAAUCUAACUAUUAUUAGUUUAUUUAUGUUCCGAGUUGGGAUGGGAAAGAUAAGGAUAUUGUUAUUUCUCGUAUUGAUACUUUUCUCGGCACUGGUUGCGUGUGUUGAUAGAUUUCACGUAGACGAAGAAAGUGAACAAAGGACACAAGGAGAACAAUGGUUCUUGUUGCGUCACUUACAUAAUGUUGUGAAAACGGAUGCCGGGUCUAUGAGAUUUGUGAAAGGUGGCUAUCGUAGGGGUUCAUUUUUACAUAGUCCAAUGCAUAUUGGUUUCAUCUCCAUGGAACCAAAUAGCCUCUUCAUCCCUCAAUAUCUUGAUUCAAAUCUUGUCAUCUUUGUUCAUCAUGGGGAAGCAAGAGUUGGACAUAUCUACAAGGAUCAAUUAGAAGAAAGGAGUUUGAAGCCAGGAGAUGUGUAUACAAUUCCUGCUGGAUCAGCUUUUUAUUUAGAGAAUAGAGUUGAAAGCAAAAGACUUCAAAUUAUUUGCAGCAUUGACAUUACCUCUGAAUCCAUGGGAUGGCAUGCUUUCCAGUCAUUCUUCAUUGGUGGUGGAAGUAAUCCCUCAUCCGUCCUUGCUGGAUUCGAUCAUACUACAUUAUCAACUGCUCUUAAUGUUUCAACAGCAGAAGUACACGCGCUAUUGACCAGACAAUCGUCUGGACCAAUCGUACACUUAUCUGGUUCUCAUCAUGACGCGAACAUUUGGUCCAACUUCUUGGACCUAGAACCCCAUCAAAGACUAGCUAAUUUGAAGAGAAUUGUGAAUUUUGAUGAAGAAGUUAGCCCCAAAGAGGAGAAAUCAAGAUGGUCAUUUAGGAAAUUUUUGUUUACUUUGUUAAACGGUGAAGAUGUUAUCGAGAGAGUGAAUCAUAAAGCCCCAUCAACGUACAAUAUCUACAACAAGAAGCCCGAUUUCAAGAAUGACUUUGGAUGGAGCAAGAAGGUGGAUUCAUCUGAUUAUUCCCCUCUAGAGCAAUCAGGACAUGGCGUGUAUCUUGUCAAUCUAUCUCCGGGAUCCCUUAUGGCGCCUCAUAUCAAUCCAUCAGCAAUCGAGUAUGGAGUUGUGUUGAGAGGGACAGGCAGGAUUCAAAUUGUGUAUCCGAAUGGUACUUUAGCAAUGAAUGCUAAAGUACGCGAAGGAGAUGUUUUUUGGGUGCCAAGGUACUUUCCGUUUUGCCAAAUUGCAUCAACGAAUAGCCCGUUGGAGUUCUUUGGCUUCACUACAUCAGCAAAGAGGAACCAUCAACAGUUCUUGGUAGGUAAAAACUCAUUGAUGCAGAGUUUGAGAGGGCGAGAAUUUGCAGCUGCAUUUGGAAUUGAUGAGAAAAGGCUUAAGAAGAUUGCUAAUGCUCAACGCGAACAAGUCAUCUUGCCAUCGCGUUCCUCUGAGGAUGAACUGGAGUUUUAGUUAGUCUAGUUGAAUUAUGGCACCAGUCUGGUGUAAACUUCAUUCUCUUUUUGUUUGAUUUGAGUUUUCUUAAUUACUCGCUUUGUUUUGGAGAUGAUUAGAAUUUUCCCUAUUGAGUUGUUAAUAAAACCGAUUCUUUUAAUCUUA